GAGGCGCCGGCGCCGACGCCGGCGCCCGCGGUGCCGGCCCCGGCUGCACAGCCGGCGACCUCCGAGCUCGAGGACCGGGCCGCCCAGGGUGGCGCCGCGGAGCGCCAGCCGGCGCUGGCGGCUGCGACGCCCGACGGGGAGGACCAUCCCCGGCCCUCGAGGGCGCCCCUGAAGCUGUCGUCCGACGCCCCCAUCUUCGUGCCCAGCUUCAUGCCCGCGCCGCCGGCGCCCCCCGCGGCGCCUGCUGGGGCGGCCGAGUUCGACGCCGGCGCGGACACGAUGAUGAGGACCUCGCUGCGCACCCGGCUCGCGGCCUCGGCGAAGCCCUUCGAGCCGCAGUUCAACGUGACCUUCGACCCCGCCCAGCACACCUGGACGGUCGACGCGCCCGAGGAGGAGGGCGGCGGCAGCGACGGCACCGGGCAGGGCAACAGGGGCAAGGGCGAG